AUGGGUUCGGAACUUGGAAUCACCGCUAGUACAGCGGAGCUUAUCGAUCUCUCACCUGUGAGUAUCUGGUGGGCUACUUGGGCAUGCGUCUGGACUCUCACCGUCGUGUCCGGUGCGACCUUCCUGAUUAUUAAUCGCAAUGCACCAACUCUCCGUAUCCGUGGCCUCGGUCUAUCACUUUCUGCUAUCGGUCUCCUUCAUUUAUACUGGGCAGUCUGUCAAUUCGGAACUAUGAUCGGUGCGAUCCUGCCCGGAGACGCACAGUACUGGAUCAUGGGAACUUUUCUUCCUCUAGGUCUCUCACUGUUCCAUGCAUCAAACGCUCGUUUCCUUCACGUGGCAAAGCUCCAGAAGAAAUAUGCCCAAUACGGACAUCAUCUCUUCGAAAUCAAGCCUGAGGGUUCCCCCAAAGGCCUAAUCAACCAUUUUCGCGCUCUUAGAUACAAUACCAAGGUCUUUAUCAUUGUUGGUAUUGGCAUGUUCAUUCAACUCUUCCUCACCAUCCUUAUGUGGAUCAUUUCUCGCAAAUUCCACAGCUCUUGGGGUAUUCCCGGUACCGAGGUUCAUGGUUCAGCCAUGGCACAAAAGACCGCCCAGGGUAGUGGAUGGGAGUGGUGGCCUGGCGUCGCCUACCAGUUGCUUUGGGCUUGGGUUAUCGCCCCGAUUGUUCUCUGGAAGUCUCGCAAGAUCAAUGACACCCAGGGCUGGCGAACACAGACCAUUGGCUGUGCUCUUGCUAACCUCCAUGGAACACCGAUGUGGUUGAUUGGUCUCUACGUCCCGGCUAUGGCACCCGUCAAUGCUGUCUGGAUUCCUCCUCAGUGGAUCUGCUUGUCCAUCUGGUUCAUGGAGAUCUUCACCAUCUUCAUACCCUGCUACGAGGUUUUCCGAUCCCAGACUCUUCGCAAAGAGACUCUCGACUCCAUCGCUCGAUGGGAGCUCAAAGUCAAGUCCUCUGGCUCCGAAGAAAAGUCCUUGAACUCCGCGUCUACAAUGGUCGAAUCUUUCAUGUCUGGCUGGAAGUCCACCAACGACUCUAUUCAGUCCAAUGGCUCCCGCGACAGCAUCAUGACCAUGCACGCCCUCGAGCACGAGUUCUCUGCCCUCCGAGAGUUCUCCGGUGAGAACAUUGCGUUCCUCACCGGAGUAUCCGAGUGGAAGAACUCUCUUCCUGCGAUGAUGAAGGAUGGAUUCUCUGAUGAAUCCUCGAAGGGAGCUGUCCGCGAAUCCUUCAACCGCGCCCUGCACCUCUACGCCAAGUUCAUCAGCGUCCGCCACGCCGAGUUCCCCUUGAACAUCUCCUCGCAAGAUCUUGCCAGCCUUGAUCAUGUCUUCGAGAAGCCUACUCGCCUCCUCUAUGGUGACGAGCGCGAGACCAACCCCGUCAGCCCCUUUAACAAGUUCACUUUUGACCUCCCAUCACCCUCCCUUUCCGACUCAUCCGAGAAGGGACUGAAGGCAACCUCAACUGAGAUCAAGGAUCGGGUUCAGUACUGGGGCCAGAUUCCUGAGGAAUUCAGCGCAACUGUCUUUGAUGACGCCGAGAAGAGCAUCAAGUAUCUUGUGCUCACUAACACAUGGCCUAAGUUCAUCAAGGACCGUAGGACUUCAAUCGAGUCUUUCGAGACUUUGAAGCCUGGUAUGGAUGUCUAG